GCGCUUGCUAGAUCUCUGGGUUUAACUAGUCUAGUGGCGCCCCCCAAACCUUUCUGGCUGGGUGCUUGAGGUGGGAAUUUCAAGCACAGCAGGGACCCGACAAAACGGUAGAUGUCUAUCAGAAAGUAGCUCAAGUGCUAAAGGCUGUCUGUAAAUUAGCCAGGCAAAAUUCAAGCAGCUUGUUGAGGUGUCAGAGAUCACUUCUACAGCUCAGGGAAUAAUUCCAUGGUAGGCUAUCAGAAACCCAUGCUGUAGACCUUAUUUACGAGCUUCUGUACUGAAGAGCUAUGUGGCUACUUUUUAUAUGUUACGUAAGGAAUUGUUUUAGGGCUUUAAGAAGCAUCAGGUUGCUAUAGUGAUUUCACAUUAGAACCAAUAGUGCUACUAAAAUGUGGUUGAACUGUUUUCUACAAUUCUGAGAAAGCACCUAUUUUGCGCGAGAGCAAAAGCCAUGGCAUGACUUCUCAUCCUGGCACAUUCAAGUCCAAAAUAGCUUUGAAAAACACUUGUUCAGGUUUUUUUUUAAGACAAAAUAGAAAGUAAUAUAACCUUAAUCUGCUAUGGCCAAUUUUAUUAUCGUUUUAUUAAAAAAUAGUUUCCAACUGCAUUAAGUGAUUUCUGGCUAAGAAUGCUUGAAAAUAUUUAGGUUUGAAUGCAAGGAUUCAAAGGAUCUAGACAAAUCCAGCUAUUUAAUGAAGAAAUACACAGAAUAACCCGAGUCAGAAUUCUCUGCUACCUUAUUCCCAUGUUGAUCUCAGAUUAUAUGGUAGCUUUGAAGAAAUGGAGAAACCCCACGCAAAUGAAGGAUUCAAGAUCUGCUUUUUUAGUGGCUAUUAAGGAAAACGCAGUAAACCAAUCAAAUGGUAGACUCUGGCUUUCCAUCACACAACGCAGAAAAUUCUCAUUAAACAUUUGAGUACUCUGGAUAUCGAGUUUAUUUUUCGGCUCUUCAAUCGCGACAAGGCCAAGCUGCCAUGUGUUGGCCGACAGAGGUGCUGGAGAAGUUGACAGUCACCGCAAUUUUCUUUCAUUUUUCUUAAAAAAACAUACAAGAAAAGGGCAGCCACAGACUACCUUAGGGAAACUGUGCAAUUGCAGUUCUUAAGUAUAAACCAAUCAGAGUCCUAAACGUCACAGGUGCACAGUAUUUCCGUCCAAUCACUAUGCUUUGAAUACUAUAAAUAGUAGUUGUGAGCGCAGCGUUGCCACGUUCCAGACUUCCAGUCUCCCCUGUGUUGCGGUUGCAAUGGCUCGCACCAAGCAGACGGCCCGCAAGUCCACCGGCGGCAAGGCCCCGCGCAAGCAGCUGGCCACCAAGGCCGCCCGCAAGAGCGCCCCGGCCACCGGCGGCGUGAAGAAGCCGCACCGCUACCGGCCCGGCACCGUGGCGCUGCGCGAGAUCCGGCGCUACCAGAAGUCCACCGAGCUGCUGAUCCGCAAGCUGCCGUUCCAGCGCCUGGUGCGCGAGAUCGCGCAGGACUUCAAGACCGACCUGCGCUUCCAGAGCUCGGCCGUGAUGGCGCUGCAGGAGGCCUGCGAGGCCUACCUGGUGGGUCUGUUCGAGGACACCAACCUGUUUAUCACAGUAUCCAUGUCUGGUCGCGGCAAAGGCGGGAAGGGCCUGGGCAAGGGCGGCGCCAAGCGCCACCGCAAAGUCCUGCGCGACAACAUCCAGGGCAUCACCAAGCCCGCCAUCCGCCGCCUGGCCCGGCGUGGCGGCGUCAAGCGCAUCUCCGGCCUCAUCUACGAGGAGACCCGCGGGGUGCUGAAGGUGUUCCUGGAGAACGUGAUCCGCGACGCCGUCACCUACACGGAGCACGCCAAGCGCAAGACCGUCACCGCCAUGGACGUGGUCUACGCGCUCAAGCGCCAGGGGCGCACGCUCUACGGCUUCGGCGGUUAAGGCUUUCAUCCUUCGUCUCUUCUCAUAACCAAAGGCCCUUCUCAGGGCCGCCCAUCUGCUCUGAAAAGGGCGUUGUAAUACUGUGCCGUGCAGUUUGCUUUGUACCGCAUCUCGGAGAACAAAGGCUGAGAGAAAUGAGAAGGAAUAAAUCACAAUUUGAGCGUAA